AUGACAACAAUGAAAUGUUCAGAAAUGGAGGAUUCUGAUCAAGGUGAGAAAAAGGAACCUACGGAUUCAAAACAUGAUUACAAGGAACAUAAAGAUCAUGAUAAAGAAAGCGAACAGCCCGCACCCAGACCAUCAGGAUCACCAUCAUCGUUACCAGCAACAAUGACAACAAUGGAAUGUUCAGAAAUGGAGGAUUCCGAUAAAAGUAAGAUAAAGGAACCAAUGGAUUCAACACAUCAUGAAAAGGAGCAUAAAGAUGAUGAUAAAGAAAGUGAACAACCCGCACCAGGAUCACCAUCACCGUUACCAGCAACAACGACGAUAAAGGAGUGCUUGGAAAUGGAGGACCAUGAACAAGGUAAGAAACAGGAACCAACGGAUUCAACACAAUAUUACAAGGAACAUAAAGACCAUGAUAAAGAAAGUGAACAACCCGCACCAGGAUCACCAUCACCGUUACCAGCAACAACGACGAUAAAGGAGUGCUUGGAAAUGGAGGACCAUGAACAAGGUAAGAAACAGGAACCAACGGAUUCAACACAAUAUUACAAGGAACAUAAAGACCAUGAUAAAGAAAGUGAACAACCCGCGCCAGGAUCACCAUCACUGAUACAGGAAACAACGACAAUAAAGGAGUACUGCUCGGCAACGGAGGACCAUGAGCAUGGUAAGAAACAAGAAUCAACGGAUUCAGCACAUGAUAAAGAAAGUGAACAAGCGGCGCCAGGAUCACCAUCCCCGUUACCAGCAACAACGACGAUAAAGGAGUGCUUGGAAACGAAGGAAAAUGAGCAAGGUAAGAAACAGGAACCAAUGGAUUCAACACAACAUAACAAUGAACAUAAAAAUCAUGAUAAAGAAAGUGAGCAACCCACGCCAAGAUCAUCAAAACCGCUAUCAGUAUCACCAUUACCCUCAACGAGGAGGGUGCGGAGGGCGAUAUCGAUGACGAUGCAUGAGUUCUUGAAAAUGGAGGAUGAUGAAACAGAUAAGUUACAAAAACCAACGAGUCCAACACUUCAUGAUAAAGAACACCAUUGCCAAUGA